AUGGCGACUGACACCAAUGGUGCCACCACCGGCAAGAACGUUGUGGAGUAUGACGUCUUGAUUGUUGGCGGGGGCUUUUCAGGGGUCUCGGCAGCCUAUCACUUGCAGAGCACUUGCCCUGGUAUCAAGUUCCGCAUUCUCGAAUCCCGAAAGAAUAUGGGCGGAACCUGGGAUUUGUUCGACUAUCCCGGACUUCGCAGCGAUUCCGACAUGUACACCUUUGGCUUCUCAUUUCGGCCUUGGGGACACGUCCAGUUUCAGUGCCAAGUACAAAACGCCGAUUGGGACUCCCAACAAGGCAAUUGGACCUUGACCACAUUGCAAAAACAGAACAAUGAUGAUUCAACGACUACCGUCACUUAUCGAGCACGCUAUUUGUUUUCUUGUACGGGCUAUUAUGACUAUGAAGAAGGACACACUCCUGAGUUUCCCAACCGAGAUGCCUUUCAGGGUCCUAUCAUUCAUCCCCAACAUUGGCCCAAAGACUUGGACUACAAAGAUAAGAAGAUUGUUGUCAUUGGCAGUGGAGCCACGGCGGUCACAUUGAUCCCCUCGUUGACCGAGGGGGCCAAUGCGGCCUCACAUGUCACCAUGUUGCAACGAUCUCCGACUUACAUGGCCAACCGACCCUCGCGCAUGACCAUCGUCCCACGAUCCCUGCUCUAUUGGUUUGGACAAGACGCCGCACGCUGGUUUUACAUUUUGUUGGGCAUGUUCAUGUACUACAUUUGCCAGGCAUUUCCACGUGCCUUGUCUGAGUUCUUUAUUGAUGGUGUCGAACAUCAAAUUGGAUCCGACAAAUUCAAGGAAGAUGAUUGGACGCCGCGGUACAAGCCAUGGGAUCAACGCCUCUGUGCAUGCCCCGAUGGUGAUUUCUUCAAAACCAUCAAGUCGGGCAAGGCCAGUGUUGUGACGGAUCACAUUGUUGAAUUCACUGAGAAGGGUGUUCAGACAGAAAAGAACAAUGUCUUGCCCGCGGACAUUAUCAUUACGGCUACCGGAUUGCAGAUUCGUUUCUUUGGAGGCAUAAAAAUUACCCUGGAUCAAAUGCCAUUGGACAUGCCAUCAAGAUUCAUCUACAAGGGAUUCAUGAUGAAUGAAGUCCCCAACUUUUUCGUGGCUGGCGGCUACAACAAUGCCAGUUGGACACUCAAGAUUGAUCUGACCAUGAAAGCCGCAUCGGAUCUGAUCAAGAUCAUGGAGACCAAGUUGUAUCGGUACUGUCAACCCGAAUUGCCCAAGCCAGGAAAUGAAAUGGAGGCCGUUCCUUCCAUCGAUUUGACAUCGGGAUAUAUUCAACGAUCGAAAAAUCUCAUACCCAGGCAAUCCACAUUGUAUCCUUGGAGGCUUUACCAGAACUACUUGUACGACAGGUACUCGCUCCAAUUCAAGAGUCUAGAGGAUGACACGCUCAAAUUUUACAAGUAG